AAGGAAAUUGUCAAAAGUCAGCAACCUGCUUACUUUGAAAAUGUGUACAAAAGUUUACAGAAGAAUCAACAUUAUAUUCAACAUGGGAACAGCUAACAGCUCAACAUCCCCUCAAUACAACAAAACCAACAAAAACAAACCCAACAUUCAAAUAUCAACAAAUCAACUAAUUUAAUUUUCCAUCAUACACCUCUUUCUCAUUCCUAACUCCCCUAAUUUUUUUUUUGUACAGAUCAUCAAAGGGGUUGGAAUUUGGGAGGGGAUUAUGGAAUUCUUAACAAAGACAUACAAUUUGUUUCUUACUUCCAUUUUUUUCUUUUUCUUCCUUAAUUCUUUCUUCUAUCUUUCAUAUUGUCAAUUUAAUUCUAAUUCUCCUCAAAAUAUUGAAACUUUCUAUCCUAAACAGUCUCUAUCACCAGCUCAAGCACCUUCUAUUCCUCCUGUAGUCUCUCCAACAAAUCCUCCAAUUGUGUUUUCUCCACCGAGUUCAUCAACGCCAACAACACCACUACUGUCACCCCCUUUGUCUGUGACACCAUCAUCUUCAGGAUCGCCAUCGCAUAAGGCCAUAUAUACGGCUGUUGGGGUGACAGCUGCAAGUACUUUAGUAGUAGCUGCAGCUGUGUUUUUCUUGUUUUCACGCUAUUCUAAACAACGGAAGGAAAAUGGUGGUGGGACUGUACAUAAUGUUGGUGCAAUCCCUUCGGGUGGUGGUGGAAGGUUGCAGGCAUUGGCACCGGAAUUUACGAGGUUUGAUGGGAAUAUUAAAGGGUUGAUAGUGGAUGAAGAUGGUUUAGAUGUUCUGUAUUGGAGGAAACUUGAAGGAAGUAGUCAGAGGAAGAGUGGACCUUUUCAUAAGGAUGCGUUUAAGGGUAGUAAUAAUGGAAGGAAGACUUAUUCUCGUGGGAAAUCGUCGUCUUCGAAUCAAAUUCAUGCACAGUUAAAGGAGGAGCAUACAUUUAGAUUGCUUGAUCCUAAAUCAGCACUUCAAAAUGAAGCUAAUUUUCAACCUGUUGGGAAUGUGCAAGAGGGUACAGAGAAGUUCGUUGUUGCAAAGGAACAUAUUAGUGAAGUGGCGGCCCCACCACCGUCUCUGCCACCGAUGGUUGGAAAGGCAGGACCAGCACCUCCGCCCCCGAUGGAAGUUAAGAAAGGUCCUGCACCGCCACCCCCACCACCACCGAUGGUAGGGAAGAAAGGACCAGCGCCGCCACCACCACCUCCACUACGUGGCGGAUCAUCAAGACCGCCACAAGCACCGAAACGGACACCAAGUGGAAAUAUAGUAGAAUCAUUAUCUAUUGGGGAGGAGGCAUUAGGGAGCAAGAAUGAUCAGGUCAAAAUGAGGCCAUUACAUUGGGAAAAAGUCAACGUUAAUACAGAUCAUUCUAUGGUGUGGGACAAAAUUGAGCAUGGAUCAUUCCAAUACAAUGGGGAUAUGAUGGAAGCUCUUUUUGGCUGUGUCGCUGCUAACCGAAAAUCACCAAAAGAAGAAACAUCUGAAAGCCAGAGUAAAGCUACACCAAAUACAGCAGCUGCCAAAAUAUUCAUUCUGGACUCACGACGUUCCCAGAACAUUGCGAUUGUGAUUCGGUCUUUAGGCAUCACUCGCAGCGAGUUGAUCGAGGGGCUUCGAGAAGGAAAGGGCCUAAAUGUGGAGAUACUUGAAAAACUAUCCCGGGUAACCCCUUCACGAGAAGAGAAGAUUGAAAUUCUGGGAUUUAAAGGAGAUGCUACACGGCUAGCUGAUGCAGAAUCUUUCCUUUAUCACUUGCUUAAGGCGGUUCCCUCAGCAUUUACUCGGAUUAACACCAUGCUCUUUAGAUACACUUAUGGCUCGGAAAUCAACCAACUGAAGGAGUCCCUCCAAACACUAGAUUCCGCGUGCAGUGAGCUCAGAAAUCGUGGAGUGUUCUUGAAGCUUCUAGAAGCUAUUCUAAAAGCAGGGAAUCGGCUUAAUGCUGGGACUGCAAGAGGGGAUGCAAGGGGUUUUAACCUUACAGCUCUGCGCAAGCUCUCAGAUUACAAAAGUAGUGAUGGGAAGACCACUCUGCUUCACUUUGUGGUUCAUGAGGUUGUCAGGAAUGAAGGGAGACGGUGUGUUAUGAACCGGAACAAUAGCUUAACCCGAUCCAACAGUCAGAGAAACUCAAGCUCAAACGCAAACCCAAAUCCAGAUGAAUCUAAGUCAAAAGAGGAGCAAGAAAGGGAGUUCUUACAGCUAGGGCUACCUGUUGUAGGUGGCUUAAGUGCGGAAUUCUCAAAUGUCAAAAAAGCAGCCAACCUCGAUUAUGAUACCAUCAUUAGCAUCAGUACAGCGACAGGAGCUCGUGUUGCUGAAACUAGGCAGCUUGUGCUGCAGUGUGGAGCUGAUGAUGGAGGACGAGAGUUUAUCAAAGAGAUGAAAGAGUUCUUGGCUGCAGCGGAGGAAGAGAUUAAGGUAGUCCAAGAAGAGCAAACGAGGGUAAUGGAAUUCGUGAAGAGAACAACACAGUAUUACCAAGCAGGAGGAUUCAAAGACAAACAUCCCCUUCAGCUGUUCAUCAUAGUUAAGGAUUUCUUGGAUAUGGUUGAUAAAGCUUGUAUAGACAUUACUCGGAGUUUGCAACAGAAGAAAAUGAGUACAACAGGUGCUUCAGGUUCCUCCUCAUCUCCUUCAUCACCUUUGACACCUGAUGUGUUGAGGACACGUGUCACAUUCCCAAGGUUACCUAGAAAUUUCUUGUCAGACAAAUCUAGUGAAAGUGACUCAGAUGAUGAUAGUUGACAAGUACAAGCUUAAGUCUCACAGCAACUUCAAAUGAUGUAAAUAGAGGAUGAGGAAAGUAUAGAAGAGAAAACAGAUUGGUGAGGUUGAGUUAUUAUUUUGUCUUUUUUUUCUUUGAUUUUUUUGGAUAGGUUUGAAGUGAUAAUUGGCAAGCAAUUAAAUUCUCCUACACCUUUUAAAAAAUGUAAUCACUCUUAGAAUUCUGUAAUUGCACAAAAGACAAGGAACUAUUUGAUAAAGUAAAUCUUAACAAUUGUCCUCCAUUUUAGGAUAUGUAUUUACUAAGAAGUUCAUUAUCAAUAAGAUGUGCUUGUUUAGGGCACAGGAGAUUGCAGUUGCCAAAA